GUUUUUGGGGGAGGCCCAUGUGCCCCUCCGGGAUGUCUUGGCCUCCCCCAAUCUGGCUGCCAGCUUCAAUGCCCCUCUGCUGGAUGCCAAGAGGCAGAACACAGGGGGGUGUCUGAUCCUCCAAGUCUCCUACACUCCACCCCCGGGGGCAGCUCCUUUCAUCCCUCCUCCGGCCCCUCCGGAGCCAAAUCCAACUCUCCCUGAGCUGGACACGGUGACAGACACAGGGGGAGAAGAAGACAGUGAGGACCAGCUGGGCACCGAAGAGGAAGCCGAUCCUUCUGCAAGACCCUCAGCUCCCGAUCAGCCUUCCUUGCCCAAAAGGCCGCCGUCUCACAUUCUUCCUGCAAGCAAGAGGAGGAAAAGCACUUCCCGGAAGCUGCUCUCCAACAAACCCCAGGAUUUCCAGAUCCGGGUCCGCAUCAUUGAAGGGAGGCAGCUCUCCGGGGUCAACCUCAAGUCUGUGGUGAAGGUCACGGCAGUGGGGCAGACCAAGAGAACCCGGAUCCGGAAAGGAAACGGCCCCUUUUUUGAUGAGACCUUUUUCUUCAACGUUUUUGAAUCCCCCGUGGACCUUUUCGACCAGCCCAUAUUCAUCACGGUUGUUGACUCUCGUUCUCUCCGGACAGACUCUGUGAUCGGAGAAUUCCGGGUGGACGUUGGAACAAUUUAUGCUGAACCCAGGCAUUGCUUUCUCCGGAAAUGGCUGCUGAUGUCGGAUCCGGAGGAUUUCUCGGUCGGCGCCAGAGGCUACCUGAAAGUCAGCUUAUAUGUCCUCGGUCCUGGGGACGAAGCCCCCAUGGAGAGGAAGGAAGCUACGGAGGAGAAAGAGGACAUCGAGGGGAACGUCUUCAAGCCGCCAGGCGUGGCUCUCCGUGGCGCCCACUUCUCCCUGAAGAUCUAUCGAGCAGAAGACCUGCCCCAGAUGGAUGAUGCCGUGAUGGACAGCGUCAAGCAGAUCUUCGGCUUUGAAAGCAACAAGAAGAACCUGGUGGAUCCCUUUGUGGAAGUUACCUUUGCAGGGAAAACGCUCUGCAGCAAGAUCGUGGAGAAGAACGCCAAUCCGCAGUGGAACCAGAUUGUCACGCUGCCUGCCAUGUUUCCCUCCAUGUGUGAAAGGAUGAGGAUCCGUGUCAUGGACUGGGACCGAAUUACCCACAAUGAUAUCAUUGGCACCAGCUACCUCUGCAUGUCCAAAAUCUCCGCUCCGGGAGGAGAACUGGAAGAUGAUUUUCCCGUCACCACAAAACUCUUCAAAGCAACAGAGAUUGACGAUGGACUUGGCUUCCUGCCCACUUUUGGGCCAUGCUACAUCAACCUCUACGGGAGUCCGAGGGAGUUCACCGGAUUUCCUGACCCUUAUGAAGAGCUCAACAGUGGCAAGGGAGAAGGAGUGGCGUAUCGUGGCAGAGUGCUGGUGGAACUGGAGACCAAGCUGGUAGACCACGUUGAACAGAAGUUGGGGGACAUCCCUGCGGAUGACAUCCUGAGAGUGGAGAAAUACCUGCGUCGGCGGAAGUACAACCUUUUCGCCGCCUUCUACUCGGCCACCAUGCUGCAGGGCGUGGGUGACGCCAUCCAGUUUGAGGUCAGCAUUGGCAACUAUGGAAACAAAUUUGACAACACCUGCCAGCCGCUGGCAUCCACCACGCAGUUCAGCCGGGCGGUCUUUGACGGGAAAAAGUGCCAGCCCCUGGUUGACGUCACUCAGAAGCCCAACAGCACCCACUUGGACCAAUAUCUCUAUCGUUUCCGGACCACCAACCUCAAUCAGAUGGUCCAGGCGGCCUUGAAGAUGAAGCACGAAGACUCUGACCUUCAGAUGGUUUUGGAUCAGGCCGAAGAUUGGCUCUCUCGAUUAAAAUCCAUGGUGGAGGAGCCCCAGAACAGCCUCCCGGAUGUCGUGAUCUGGAUGCUCCAAGGUGACCGGCGGGUGGCUUACGCCCGGCUGCCUGCCCGAGAAGUCCUGUUCUCCCGCAACGGAGCCAACUGCUGUGGCAAAAACUGUGGAAGGCUCCAGACCAUAUUCUUAAAAUGUCCGCAGGAAGAGGUGGCAGGUCCCAGGAUCCCAGCUCAGAUCCGGGUCCGGCUGUGGCUGGGGCUAGCAGUGGACGAGAAGGAGUUCAACCAGACGGCCGAAGGGAGGCUGUCUGUCUUUGCUGAAACGUAUGAAAACCAAACGAAGCUGGCAUUGGUAGGGAACUGGGGCACGACGGGUCUCACCUACCCUAAAUACUCAGACAUCACCGCCAAGAUCAAGCUACCCAAGGACAGUUUCAAGCCUUCCACCGGUUGGGCGUGGGCUGGAGAUUGGUUCGUCAGCCCCGAGAAGACGCUGCUGCAUGAUGUGGACGCUGGUCACACAAGCUUUGUGGAGGAAGUGUUUGAGAACCAGGUCCGGCUUCCUGGAGGCCAGUGGAUCCAUAUGGCUGAAGCCUACACAGAUGUGAAUGGGGAGAAGAUUUUGCCCAAGGAAGAAAUUGAGUGUCCUCUGGGGUGGAAGUGGGAAGAUGUGGAGUGGGACAUCGAUCUCAAUCGGGCGGUAGAUGAGAAAGGCUGGGAAUACGGCAUCACCAUCCCUCCAGACCACAAACCGAAGUCUUGGGUGCCGGCAGAGAAGAUGUAUCACACUAACCGGCGUAGGCGUUGGGUGAGGCUCCGCAGAAGAGACCUGGCUCAAAUGGAAGCAUUGAAAAAGUAUAAGCAGGAGGAGUUGGAAGGGGAAGGCUGGGAAUAUGCUUCCCUUUUUGGCUGGAGCUUCCACAUGAAGUACCGCAAAACGGAUUCCUUUCGCCGUCGGCGCUGGAGACGUCGGAUGGAGCCCCUGGAGCAAACAGGCCCAGCCGCUGUCUUUGCCUUGGAAGGUGCCCUGGGCGGAGUGACAGACGACAAGAGCGACGAUGGCAAAUCAGUGUCGACCCUCAACUUUGGAGUAAACCGACCCACCAUUUCCUGCAUCUUUGACUAUGGAAAUCGUUACCAUCUACGUUGCUACAUCUACCAGGCAAGGGAUUUACUGGCCAUGGAUAAAGACAGUUUUUCAGAUCCCUACGCCAUCGUCUCCUUCCUACACCAGAGCCAAAAGACGGUGGUAGCAAAGAACACGCUGAACCCCACCUGGGACCAAACGCUGAUCUUCUACGAGAUUGAGAUCUUUGGGGCUCCACAAAACGUUGCUGAAUCCCCUCCCAACAUUGUGAUUGAAAUCUACGAUCACGACACCUACGGUGCAGAUGAAUUCCUGGGCCGCUGCGUUUGCAAGCCCACCCUUGACUACACGCCGAGGUUGUCCUGGUAUCCUAUCGUGAAGGGCAGCCGGACAUCAGGGGAGCUGCUGGCUGCCUUUGAGCUGAUCCAGAGAGAGAAGGUGAGUUGGGGGCUUGCAGGGAGGACGUUAGGCCUGGGGUGGGGUCUCCUGGAGGCAGUGAGGAGAGGAGCGGGAACCCUGGAGGCUUAAGGGAAGCAAGAUAUGCAGCUUAGCCAAGGGGAGAAGACAUCCAAGCAGUUGUCUACCCCCAGGUGGGAUUCUGUUUCCAAGGACAUGGAAGAGGUGGGAGGAUCUAGAAU